GUCUCGGCUGUGUGAUUCGCGGAUUACGCCUAGGUCCUAUGAAGCAUACAUCUGCCAAUCGAUACAGUAGGCCUAACAGUUAGUGAAGGGCAGAGGCACAGAGCUGAUACACCAGGGCGUUAGGAGCGGGGACAUUCCACAAACAUGUGCAAUUUUCUUUGUUUGUUUGUGCUGGUGUGCUUAAUUGGACUUAAUGCAGCUUGGGUUGGACGAUCGGACCAGAAACCAAUUGCCUGGGCACCUUCGCGGCGGAGUAUUUACUGCGUAAAAACAGGCCAGGAAUGUCUCCAGACAAGUCAGUGUUGCAGCCCCGGAGAUGUGUGUUUAACCAGCACAAAAUAUACCAAAUAUGGAGGUAAGAAGUACAUGGCAAGCACCUGCCGAAAUGUCGAGGAGCUGGCCAGGCAUAUGCCACCUUACAAGAAAGCAGGUCAGCAAUGCAAGGACAGUCUCGAGUGUCUUGACCUUUGCUGCCGUGAGGUCAGAGGUCACAGGUACGGCGUGUUCCACGUGUGCGGGAAACCGGAAGACAGGUAUAUGUCCUACCGGUGUAGGACAAACGUUGACGUGCGCAGCGAGAACGAGGUCAUCGACACAUUUGGUGGCUACAACAAAAUAAAUCCCUGGGCUUAAAGACAGACCUGUUCUGAACUGGAUGAAUCCGACCUAUAUAUUGGGGUGCCCUGUUGUCAGCACUUUCAAGACUUCAUACAUAACACUCGUUCUUUAUCUGUGAAUAUAAACUAUAAGUUCAAAUGCCCAAAUACUAUUGUUUCAGGGCAAGAUAUUUCAGAAAGAAAUAUCAACAUUUUCCAUAGGUCAUUGAAAUUGUGUAUCUUGACAUUUUAACGAAUUAACUGUGGUUUUUACAACAUUAACUUAAAAACAAAACAUCAUUCCACAGCGGUUGUGUUGUUGCAAAGGUUAUUCCAUUCUACUUUACAUAGAGGCGCCCUAUAUAUGUACGAGAGUGUUCUAUCGAAUGUGGAUGUAUAUUGUGCUGAAAAUUUCAUGAAUGUUGUUUUCUUUUCUUUAUAUCACUUUGUAUUCUCUAUCAGUGUUUCAAUCUUAAUCUGGAUUUCAAUAACGUUUUUCUAUAAAAUAUCAUUGAAGGGGAGAUAACUGAUGUUGACGUAGACUACAGCGACUAUGUUCGCUUCAUCCAUUUUGUGAAUCUGACUCGUGGAAUUUUAUGCAAUACAUGGCGAUUGCCUA